GUAUGCUGCUGGCAAAUUAAAUCAAUUGGAGCUGAUUUACUGUUUUUUGUAGUAUUGUAUGUCCAACAAUGAAAAACAUUUAAAUUCGUUAAUAUAAAAAAUUGUAAUAUAAAUAAUAUAAUAUAAAUCGGGACGCGGGCCGCCAGUUGGGGAGCCCUGAGUAUGGCCUAGCUAGCAGAAGGCAAGUGAUGGAGAGAAGGCCAGCCUCAGUUGGACCGAUUGCGUUAGCUACCCAUACUGAGCCCAUAUGUAUGUGUAUUUAUUCAUUUUCAGGCGUACAACUUUAAGUCCGUUAUAUUUUUACAGCGUGGGUUAGCGUUAGCUAGUUCAUUCUCGUGAUGAAUGCGCAAAUAUCAGGCGGGACCGGUGUUGGUACAACCGCUAACGUUAGAUCAAAUUUGCCUAACGUUAGAUCAAAUUUGCAAGGACCUAGUUCAGGUAACGGGAAAAGGAUGACGUCCAAAAAAACGCGUUCAAAAAAGGGGAAAAGAAGAAAGAGACGGAGGAGUAAAAAGACGAAGACCAACAAAACACCACCAUAUUUACCACCGGAGGCUGAAGAAGGAAACAUUGAAUAUAAGCUGAAGUUGGUGAACCCCACACAAUACCGAUUUGAACACCUGGCCACCCAGCUAAAAUGGCGUCUUCAAGAGGGACGGGGCGAGGCAGUGUAUCAGAUUGGGGUGGAAGACAAUGGUCUGCUUGUCGGACUGUCAGAGGGAGACAUGAGAGCCUCGCUGAAGACCCUACGGAGGAUGGCAGAGAAGGUUGGUGCUGAGAUCACACUUCUACGGGAAAGAGAGGUGGAUUACGAUUCAGACAGAAACUGCCGGAAAAUCUCAGAGGUUCUUGUCCGAAAAGUUCCAGAUGACCAACAGUUCUUGGACCUGCGUGUGGCGGUACUGGGAAACGUGGACUCGGGGAAGUCCACGCUGUUGGGCGUGCUGACUCAAGGCGAGCUGGACAACGGGCGAGGUCGGGCACGCCUCAACCUCUUCAGACACCUUCAUGAGAUCCAAACGGGCAGGACAUCAAGCAUCAGCUUUGAGAUUUUGGGCUUCAAUAGCAAAGGGGAGGUGGUGAACUACAGUGACUCCCGUACAGCCGAGGAGAUUUGCGAGAGCUCUUCUAAGAUGAUCACCUUCAUUGACCUGGCUGGCCACCACAAGUACCUGAAAACCACAAUUUUUGGCCUCACCAGCUACUGCCCAGACUUCGCCAUGCUGGUGGUCAGUGCCAACACAGGCAUAGCUGGCACCACCCGCGAGCACCUGGGCCUGGCCAUGGCACUAAAGGUGCCCAUCUUUAUCGUGGUCAGCAAGGUGGACUUGUGUGCCAAAGGAACAGUGGAGCGCACAGUACGCCAGCUGGAGCAUGUCCUCAAGCUGCCCGGCUGUAACAAAGUGCCGAUGGUGGUGGCCAGCCCAGACGACGCCGUCACAGCCGCCCAGCAGUUCGCUCAGUCCUCCAGCAUCACACCCAUCUUCACCCUGUCCAGCGUGUCUGGAGAGAGUCUGGCCCUGCUUAAGGUCUUCUUCAACAUCCUGCCGCCUCUCAGCAACAGCAAGGAGCAGGAGGAGCUCAUGCAGCAACUCACUGAGUUCCAGGUAGAUGAGAUCUAUACCGUACCAGAUGUGGGGACAGUGGUGGGAGGAACUCUCUACAGUGGGGUGUGUCGCGAGGGGGAGAGGUUGGUGGUUGGCCCUACGGACGAGGGUCGUUUCCUGAGGCUGAAGGUGGGCAGCAUCCAUAGGAACCGCUCGGCAUGCAGGGUGCUGAGAGCCGGCCAAGCCGCCACACUGGCCCUCGGCUACUUUGACCGCUCGCUGCUCCGCAAGGGUAUGGUGAUGGUCAGCCCGAAGAUGAACCCCACCAUCUGCUGGCAGUUUGAGGCGGCCAUCGUCCUUCUCUUCCACGCCAAAACAUUCCGUCGGGGCUUCCAAGUGACUGUGCACGUGGGGAACGUAAGACAGACGGCUACCGUGGAGUGCCUGCAUGGAAAAGAGGAGCUGCGCACAGGAGAGAGGGCUGUGGUCUGCUUUCGCUUCAUUAAACACCCCGAGUACCUCCGCAUGGGCGCCAAGUUGCUCUUCAGGGAGGGCGUGACCAAGGGCAUCGGCCAUGUCACCAGCCUCCUGCCUGACUCUCAUGACCAGAACCAGAUCCAUGACCAGAACCAGAGGGAGAUAGAGAAAUAGAGAGGAGGAUAAAGGAGGGAAAGAGAGGAA